AUGAAUCCGCCAAACGAAGAUGCCCAUAAAUUCGUGCAACCCAAUGUAGCUCACAACACUAAACAACUUCAAUACAUUCGCUCAUGCUUUGCCGCCAUCGCAGGGUCGGCUGCUGGUAUUCUCGGUCUCACCAACUGGAGCGGCUUUCUUUUUUACGGUAUUAGCUGGUCUGUUCUCUCCAUUUUACUAUUCACAUUCAAGAUGAAGCAAUCACCUUCCAAUUACUUUGUUCACGGAUGGCGGGAUGUGACGAUCAAUGGCGCCAUCAACGGAUUACUCUCUUACACCUUAUUUCACACUUUACUCUAUGGCCUAGUUCAUUUGUAUCAAUAA